AUGAACAUUUAUAAUAAUACUCCAUUAAUAUUACAAGGUAUGAUUGCAGGAAGACGAACACAACUACUUAUCGAUUCUGGAGCAUCGCUCACAUUAAUUAAUCUUCAAUUCUUUCGACGACUGCCACGAUAUUAUCGUCAAAGAGCAUAUCCCCCUCCAUCCAAUUUAUGUCUUCAAUUGGCGGAUAGAUCACAACUCGAUGUUAAAUAUGCAUUAUCACUUCCAAUAACCAUCUCCAACUCAACUCGUGUACAUAAAGUCUACGUGGUCCCAAAAUUAUGGCGGUCGUGUAUUAUUGGUAAUGAUUUAAUACGUGAACACAAUCUUCAAAUAGAUGGUGGACAACAAUAUGCAUACUUCAAAGCGAAGAAAAAAAAUACACAGCUGCAACAGGAAAGAAAAGAAACAAUUAAGAACGAUGAUGAAUAUGUGUUGAUUGCCAAUGAGCGUGUCAAGAUUUCACCAUUUCAUGCAUUUAACAUUGAAGUUAAACCAAAUAAACCAUUCUCAAUUAUAGAAGAAGAUGACAGAGAUGAAUAUGAAGUAUCAUCAAUAAAAGAAACUCCACGUGUAGCCAACGGCAUUAUUACACCAUGUGAACAUAUGACACUGCAGCCGCUGGCGACAAUGACUCGUCUUAAUCAAAUUCAAUUAAAUAUGAUGCAACAUGGAACAAUAUCAUCAG